CCAACCCCCCACUCCGCUGCAGACGCGGCGGCGAGGAAUGGCUUCGUCGGAGAAGCGCCGGGCGAGCACCUCGCCGUCGGCCACCGCCCUCGCUCCCACCACAAACCCCGCCUCUUCGUCGCCGUACUUCCUGCCGGAGUUGAUCCCGUUGGUCGCGAGCCGGCUGACGACCCUCGACGACUUCUUCGCCCUCCGCGCCGCCUGCCGCGCCUACCGGGAUCUCCUCCCGCCGUCGCCGGCCAACCUCGCCUCCCAGGGUCCGCUCCUUCUCUUCCCCCGCAUGGCCUCUGCAUCGGGGGCCCUCUUUCACGUCCCCCUCCGCCGCAUCCUCCGCUUCCGCCUCCCCUGCACAGACCUCCGCUCCACCGAAUUCCACUCCUUCGGCUGCCGUGUUGCCAUCCAGGACCGCCGCCGCGAGCUCCGCAUCCGGCACCUCCUCACAGGCGAGCGAGCCCGCCUGCCUGAUCCCCCGGAACCGUGCUACUCUGAAGAAGUCGUCUUUUCUGCCGACCUCGUCGUCACCUGCAGGCAAUGGGGCCGGGUCCUCUACUACUGCCACAUUGGGGACGCUCGCUGGCGAGCAGCGCCGUGCGAUGAAGGCCACCAGCUUUACAAUAUGAUGUUCGUCAAGGGCACCCUCUAUGUGCUGAUUUACCCGCAUUACCGCCUUGCUGUCGUCGAGCUUGACAAGAAUUCAGUGGUAUUGUCGUUUCUUGGAGAUAAAUUGAGUGUGCCAGAAGUUAACAUUUUUCCAGGUCCAAUGCUCUGGCUAGCAGAGUGUCAUGGUGAGUUAUUGCUCAUUGUCGAGGUGCAGUUCCUUCCAUGUGUGUACCAUGUUUUCUAUCUGCAAUCCGGGGAGGGGAAGUGGGCGAGGACUACUAGCCUUGGUGGUUGCAGCUUGUUCUUUAAUUUGGAUAAGUUUGCCGGUUACCUUGGUCCAGAUCAUCCGGCAGUUCGGAGGGACUGCUUGUACUUCACUGGGUGCUCCGGGAAGUGGAGCGAGUAUUCUUUGGCUGAUGGGUCUUAUCAUGAAUUCGUUAUCGACCACCCAGGGCGAACUGAGGAUUAUGGAUCUCCGGUUUGGGUCCUUCCAAGCAUUUGCUGAUGCCGUAUCCAGAAGUUCUCAAGGAGAGAAAUCAAGCUGCGAAGCAAACUGCGCUUCAGGUUGAUCGAAGUUGGCUAUUGGGCGCAACAUUAUUGUGGUGGCAACAUAAAUCUUGGACAAGGGAUUAUAGGGGCCGUUCUAGUGUGCUUUGUGCAUGUGGUCUGUAACAUGAUGAAGAAGAAGAGAAUUGUGUUAUUUUUGUUGUGCUUCACUCAGCCGGGCUAGUACUAGUGUCUCUUGGUUUGCUGCAGACGUUUUUGCUUAAGUGAACAACUUGUCGGCGUUC